AGUCAUUGGUCAAAAGAAAACGUCGUUCGUACAAAAAGUGAUCGCAUCCUUUGUCUAAUUUGUAAAAUUUAAUUAUACCAUUUAAUUUAAAAUGGAUGCAAAGGAAGUUGAGAAGGACACCACGGGCACCACGAACACCACGGACACAAAGAAACCUACAUUCCUGAAUGUUAUGUGCGCAAUUUGUUUUGAGUUCUACGAGAAAUCAGAUCGAAUAUAUUCCACAACCUGUGGUCAUUUAUUUCACAAUCGAUGCUUGUUCGCCGCAUUGAAUCAUUCGAAAUCAUGCCCGGAGUGUCGACGGCCCUGCACUCGCAGCCGAGUACAUCCAGUCUUUUUGAAUUACGGUGAACGUACAGAGCUAGAUCUCAAAUGGACUAAUACCGCUGCAGCCGAUGUCUAUGCAAAUAUGCCCAUUUGGACACCACUUUUCGAAUUAGAGCUGCGUGGCUCACCGCGUGUCCCUUUGGCACCGCCCGAAGCAGACGAAGCCAUUCAAACUGGCACGGAUCCUGAUGGUAAUCCUACAUAUGUCGCUCGUGUCUAUUUUCAAGAUGAUCUACUGCCUGCUGGUUAUGUGCCAGCGAAAGGUGUUGCAUACGCUUCUCAUGGCUGCAACGGUUAUGCUUUCAGUCAAAAUGUUGAGCUGCUAAAUAAUUUCAAACACAAAUGGGUAGCCGAUUCAGAUGGUCACAUACCAGAGGGUGCCAUUGUGGGUGGUUAUUCUGAAUUGGGUGAAAAUUUAUAUGUGGCACGUGCACAGUAUAACGAUAAAACGCUGCUGGGUAAGGUGCAUCCUUCCCAUAGGGUAAUGUAUAUGCCGUACAAUGGAAUUGAGGUGCAUACUACCGAAUAUGAAGUGUUGGUACAGGAAAAUAUUACAGCAGAGAGUAGCGAUGAAGCAAAUGAUGAAGCCUAAUUGCGCGCUUGUAAUAAAAGGUGGAACGAAUCUCCAUUUGAAUUUGCAAAUGGUCAAUUUGUUUUUAGGUAUUAAAUCAUUCUGGAUUUGACUACCAUUAGAGCUGCAUAUAAAAUAAUAUAAAAAUCAAAUUUACCUGAAGACUGUCACAACUCAAAAGUUGAAAUUUCUCCUAAGACGCCGUUAAAGUUUACAAUUUGGUCAUAAAAUGUAGAAAAAAUCAGAUGCAUGGUUUAUUCUUAUGCAAAACCCUAUACAAGAUUUUAUCACGAUUCUUUUUUU